CAUACUCUUGACCUCACGCCUCAAGACUGAAACCUCUCCUGCAACCCUGAUCUCCAGAAGACUGAAACCGAGCCCUUGACGUCCAGAAGAGAGACACACACACACGAGCAUCAGAGCCAGCACUCACCUGUUCAAAGGCCUCAGUCAUCAUGCCCAGCCAGCUAGAGGGAGCCAUGGACGCUCUGAUCCGAGUGUUCCACAACUACUCAGGCAGCGAAGGUGACAAGUUCAAACUCAACAAGGGCGAGCUGAAGCAGCUCCUUCACAGCGAACUCACAGACUUCCUCACAUCCCAGAAGGACCCGAUGCUGGUGGAGAAGAUAAUGAAUGAUCUAGACUCCAAUAAGGACAACGAGGUCGAUUUUAAUGAGUUUGUUGUGCUGGUGGCAGCUUUGACUGUUGCAUGUAAUGACUUCUUUCAGGAAAUGCAGAAAAAGAAAUAAAUACAGUCAAUAGUAGCAGCAGUAGACUGCACUGCAAAACAGAUAUGACACUACAUAUUAUAGCUUCUGUUACCCUAUAACCAUGUCAUCGCAUUAUGAUUUUAGAUUAAGCUGCAGUGUGUGUGUGUGUGUGUGUGUGUGUGUGUGUGUGUAUGUGUGUGUGUAUGUAUGUGUGUGUGUG